AUGACUUUCGACUUCAACGCGGGCGGAGGAGGAGACGCCCUGUUGGAACUCACGUUCAACCAGCGGAACCGGUAUCCCUACGCACCAGCACCAGCCCACGACCCCCGCGGCCUAACUCACUCGUCGACAAUGACUCCCCAGCAGAGGACGAGUUGGGGGAUGCCCCUCGACAUGGCAGCCUCGACCGGAUCAUCACCACAGAUGCCCUCGAACCCUUCUACGGCCGAUCACCACCACCAGCAGCAGCCCGGAGACCACCUGCACAACACCCCUUCUCCAGUCCAGUCUAGCCCUAGUCCACACUCCCAGCAUUCAGAACCGUUCCUACCUGCGACCAGCCCUUUGACGGAUUGGGCACUACAACAACAGCAGCAGCAGCUCGCCCCAAAUGACUUCGGCCAGUAUAUCCAGGACCCCACUUUCCUCGGCUUCGGACCUCUUCCCGCCAACUUCCAACCCAAUCCUCUCGUCGAUUACCUUCCUGCUACGACCCAGGCCGCCCUCCACGCUGGUCUCCAGUUGGAAUCGCCAUUUGCUACUCUCCCUCCGGUCGACAAUGCGGCGAUGCAAUGGGCGGGAAUGGGUAUGGAGAGCUGGCAGGACUUCCAGACCACGCUCCCAAUCGAUGGGCUUCCCCACCCGCUCGAUAGCAUUGGCAGCAAUUCACCGACAGGAACUUUUCUAUCGCUCCCGAGUUCGGUCGGCGAGGGAUGGGCCCUGGUAGACUGGGGAUCUAGCUUUGACCAAUUGGGUCAACCUCAAAAUCCCGCAAUCUUCAACCCGAGCCAGACGCUGCACCUCCGUACCAACUCCGACUCGUCCGAUGGUGCCAACUCGAUGGAAAUUGGUAGUUUCGAGGAGGUGCCGCCAUUCCCUUACUCCCCGUUCUCGCCUGAUUCCGAUGGCUACAUAGAAACGACUUCUCACCGCAACUGCUUCCAUAAUGACAUGCACAUCGCCCACCACACUCACGACGUCGUCAGCCCUACCAUCGCUGUUAGCUCCAUGGCUAUCAAGUCGUCGCCUCCGGUCUCGAGCCGCUCUAGCCCAUCCAGCGGUUCUGGAGGAUCCACGUCGCCCCCGUCUAGUACCGGCAGGAGAAACUCGGGCCCCCGGAAGAGCCCGAUCGCCAAGGCCACGAAACCGGUCAUUCGUCGAUCUUCCACUGGCAAGAAGGACGGCACCGGUGAAAAGAAGGUUGGGCGUCGCCGAGGACCUCUUCUCCCAGAGCAGCGCAAGCAAGCUAGUGAAAUCAGGAAACUCCGUGCCUGUCUCCGAUGCAAAUUCCUCAAGAAGACUUGCGACAAGGGCGAGCCAUGUGCUGGCUGCCAGCCUUCUCAUGCUCGUCUCUGGCAGGUGCCUUGCACUCGUAUCGAUAUUAAGGAUAUCGGCUACUUCAUGAAGGAUUGGAAGGCCGAUUACGAGCGACACCUCAUGCGCGGCGUCUCGGUCUUCAACGUCAAGGGGUUCUCUUCGAAAGAGUCGCUGAUGUGGAUCACCCAUGGAUAUGGGUUCGCCCUUCCCAUUACCGUCCGCGAGGUGUAUGUUGCCGACGCCAGCUGCUUCUCGCUUGAGUGGGUCGAGUCUUGUCAGACCGAGCAAGAGCCAAUCGACUUCGACAUCCAGACCGAGCAGCUCGAUGUUGGCGCUGAGGGUAUCUCUGUCAAGGCCCUCUCCGAGUAUCUCGACAAGCACAUCGAUGGGCCCUUCGAAGAAUUCAUUAUCGACCAUUUCGAGGGCACACCAUUUAUCACCGAGAUUCUCACCACUGCUCACCGCUACUACAUGAAGGAGAAGUCUCCUGUCAUUCGAAAGGCCCUCAAGCUUGUCCUUGCUUACAACCUCACCCUCCACAUUACCCUUGUUGAGAGCCAAGGCUCCGAGGUCCAACUUGAGGGACAAAUCGACGACGAGGAGUCCAAGUUCUACGGCAGGGUCGUCGCUCCCGUUAUGGUCAACUUCCAGAUCAAGUGUGCCAUGGCCGAUAUGUGGCGAGAACUUCAGAAGGACAUUCUCGAGGAACUCUCGGCCCUGUACUCCAGUGUAUAUAGCGGAGAGAGGUUGAAGAACUGGCCCACCAUCUUCAUGCUGGCGUCCAUUCUUCUUGCCGUCUGGGAGGAGAUGCAGUUCGACUGCCACUACCGCGUGCCCGAUCCGAUUGCGGUCAACAAGUUCUGCAAGGACAUGGAAACGACACCUGUCGGUGUUAUCAUUGGCCUCUUCCACGCCAUUUCCCAGAAGCUCCCCAACUUCAUCGACUGGGAUACUGAGAAGCACGGACACAUUCUCAACAACAACGUGGCCGUCUGUGAGGCCAUGACCGAAGUGCGGCAGCACGUCAUUAAGCAUGAGGCUUACCUGAGGACUCGCCCGGACACCAAGUUUGACAGCAGUGACUUCGACUCGCUCUCAAACAAGUUCCUCUCAAAACUGGUCAUUCGCGCAAACUAA